AUGCCCCAAAUCUCAGCUGAGGAUAUGGGAACUGAAGCAGGUUUAAAAGGGCAGGAGGAAAGCCACCCGAGCGGGAGGCGGCGCCGGCGAGAGGACCAGGGCCCGCCGUGCCCCAGCCCGGCCGGCGGCGGGGACCCGCUGCAUCGCCACCUCCCCCUGGACGGGCAGCCGCCCCGAGUGGCCUGGGCCGAGAGGCUGGUUCGCGGGCUGCGAGGUCUCUGGGGAACAAGACUCAUGGAGGAAAGCAACAGUAACCGGGAGAAAUACCUUAAAAGUGUUUUACGAGAACUGGUCACAUACCUCCUUUUUCUCAUAGUGUUGUGCAUCUUGACCUACGGCAUGAUGAGCUCCAAUGUGUACUACUACACCCGGAUAAUGUCACAGCUCUUCCUAGACACCCCAGUGUCCAAAAUGGAGAAAACUAACUUUAAAACUCUUUCUUCAAUGGAAGACUUCUGGAAGUUCACAGAAGGCUCCUUACUGGAUGGACUGUACUGGAAGAUGCAAUCCAGCAACCGAACCGAGGCUGACAACCGGAGUUUCAUUUUCUACGAGAACCUGCUGUUGGGGAUUCCACGUAUACGGCAACUCAGAGUCAGAAAUGGAUCCUGUUCUAUCCCCCAGGACUUGAGAGAUGAAAUUAAAGAGUGCUAUGAUGUUUACUCCGUCAGUAGUGAAGACAGGGCUCCAUUUGGGCCACGAAAUGGAACUGCUUGGAUCUACACAAGUGAAAAAGACUUGAAUGGGAGUAGCCACUGGGGAAUAAUUGCAACCUAUAGUGGAGCUGGCUAUUACCUGGAUUUGUCAAGAACAAGAGAGGAAACAGCUGCCCAGGUUGCUAGCCUCAAGAAAAAUGUCUGGCUGGACCGAGGAACCAGGGCAACUUUUAUUGACUUUUCAGUGUACAAUGCCAACAUUAACCUGUUCUGUGUAGUCAGGUUAUUGGUUGAAUUCCCAGCAACGGGCGGUGUGAUUCCAUCUUGGCAAUUUCAGCCUGUAAAGCUGAUCCGAUAUGUCACAACUUUUGAUUUCUUCUUGGCAGCCUGUGAGAUUAUCUUUUGUUUCUUUAUCCUUUACUAUGUGGUGGAAGAGAUAUUGGAAAUUCGCAUUCACAAACUACGCUAUUUCAGGAGUUUCUGGAAUUGUCUGGAUGUUGUGAUUAUUGUGCUAUCUGUUGUAGCUAUCGGGAUUAACAUAUACAGAACAACAAAUGUGGACGUACUAUUACAGUUUCUAGAAGAUCAAAAUACUUUCCCCAACUUUGAGCAUCUGGCAUACUGGCAAAUACAGUUCAACAAUAUAGCUGCUGUUACAGUAUUUUUUGUCUGGAUUAAGCUCUUCAAAUUCAUCAACUUUAACAGGACCAUGAGCCAGCUGUCCACAACCAUGUCUCGGUGUGCCAAAGACCUCUUUGGCUUUGCUAUUAUGUUCUUCAUUAUUUUCUUAGCAUAUGCUCAGUUGGCAUACCUUGUCUUUGGCACUCAGGUUGAUGACUUCAGUACCUUCCAAGAGUGUAUCCUUUUGGUAACGAAUAUGUUUUUGGCCAUCAUCAAUGACACCUACUCUGAAGUGAAAUCUGAUUUGGCACAGCAGAAAGCUGAAAUGGAACUCUCAGAUCUUAUCAGAAAGGGCUACCAUAAAGCCUUGGUCAAAUUAAAACUGAAAAAAAAUACCGUGGAUGACAUUUCAGAGAGCCUGCGGCAAGCUGGGGGCAAGUUAAACUUUGACGAGCUUCGACAAGAUCUCAAAGGGAAGGGCCAUACUGAUGCAGAGAUUGAAGCAAUAUUCACAAAGUAUGACCAAGAUGGAGACCAAGAACUGACCGAACAUGAACAUCAGCAGAUGAGAGAUGACUUGGAAAAAGAGAGGGAGGACCUGGACUUGGAUCACAGCUCUUUACCACGUCCCAUGAGCAGUCGAAGUUUCCCACGAAGCCUGGAUGACUCUGAGGAGGAUGAUGAUGAAGACAGUGGACAUAGCUCCAGAAGGAGAGGAAGCAUCUCCAGUGGGGUUUCUUACGAAGAGUUUCAAGUCCUGGUGAGACGAGUGGACCGAAUGGAGCACUCCAUCGGCAGCAUUGUGUCCAAGAUUGACGCUGUGAUUGUGAAACUGGAGAUCAUGGAGCGGGCCAAACUCAAGAGAAGGGAGGUGCUGGGAAGGCUGCUAGACGGAGUGGCUGAGGUGAGUGGUCGUAGCCUCGGAAACUGACUGGGGAACAAGGUGUUUAUUCAUAAAAGUACAUGUUGGUGACACUUUUAUAUUUGAAGUACUGAAGAAGAGUUAGAAAAAUUACAUU